UUUGGUCUUAAGAUAAUGUGUAUAGUGCUAGACUUUCGUUAUCCGCUUGAAGCGAAACGUUGCGCGCUCUUUCAGCCGAGUUCGAAAUGGCUUCUUCGUCUAUUCUUCUUCCGUUUGGUAAGUUCUGUAUUUGGUAGAGGGGCUUCUGCCAAUCGUCAAAGUAUAUCUAGAAACAGAAGCCAAAACCUUACAGUGCAAUACUCAGCUUCAAGGGAUAGAGUUAGACCUGGAGGUUCAAGUGAAUAUGAAGAUGACUUCACUCUAAUUAAUCGUAGGACUAUGAUUGGGUUAAUCUUCGGGAUUUCUAGGCUUGCAGUCUCAUUCGAUGCUGGGGCUGCAGGGCUCCCUCCCGAGCAAAUGCCAAGAUUAUGUGAUGAUGCGUGCAAGGAGAAACUAGAAAAUGUACCUAUGAUAACUACAGAGUCCGGCUUGCAGUACAAGGAUAUUAAAGUUGGCAUUGGUCCUAGUCCGCCUGUUGGUUUUCAGGUCGCUGCAAAUUAUGUUGCCAUGGUGCCCUCUGGACAAAUAUUUGAUAGUUCUUUGGAAAAAGGUCGACCUUAUAUAUUUCGCGUUGGCUCCGAACAGGUAAUCAAAGGACUUGACGAAGGGAUCCUAACCAUGAAAAUUGGAGGGAAACGCAGGCUCUACAUUCCGGGAUCUUUGGCAUUCCCAAAAGGGCUUAAUUCAGCUCCAGGAAGGCCAAGGGUUGCUCCAAAUAGUCCAGUUGUUUUUGAUGUGAGUUUGGAAUAUAUACCGGGUCUUGAACUGGACGAAGAGUAAGGUGAUUUACCUCUCCAUUUUACUUUCUUGGUCUUCACCCACCUCUUUGCUUACUGGAGCUUGAUCAUAAGGCUUCCCAUUAUUCUUUUCUUCUUUUAUGGUGUUUUUUUUUUUUUUUAUGAGUGGGACUGUUUCCUUCUUGCUUGUAUUUAGGAUUUGGAUUUAAGGUUCAGUUUCCUCUCUCAGGUUGCACUUGGUUUUAUUCUUUCAAUAAAAUUUCAUGAGAUUAAGGUCCUGGAUAAUAUUCUAUGAA